AUGAGCAAAUACAAUCCUGUCAUUAGCAGGUCUAUCAAGACGAAAGACGUAGAUAGUACUAUCUCAACCAGCGAUACCACAGCUCCCACUCUAACAGAAUUCAGACCUGUCCGAGUAGACACAUGGAUGACAGAAACCCACAUUCUCAUCGAAGACAGCACCGGCAGAGGCUACCCCGAUUGGAAUCAGCAUGGAGAGCUGUUUCCAUUUCUGAACAAGCUCCAAAGCGAAGCAAGGGCACGAAGUGAUGCGAGUAAAUAUGAUCCGAAAGUUCCAAGCGCAUGGAGAUAUAAUUUAGGACCCGGUGAUGGUUGGCAAUGGGCCUUGACAGAAUACAAGCCACAACUCUUGUGGAGUGACGUAGUAGCCGUGGUCGACGCGCUCUUCAUCAAUGCCUUUCAAUUUUUCAGGUCUGGAAAAGGCUACUGUUCUUUCCAGGUUACUAUCGGUCGUAUGGGUACUGCGCACCCGGAAGAGGAAGAUGCUCUGGGUAUCGUCUUUCUAUGGUACGGACAGCCGAGAAUCUCGUCUACCGAUGGUACGUCAGGCACUGGAGCAGACAUCGCGUCCGAGAAUGUCAAUGUCACCACCGUUGAUUGA